GGGAAGGAGCGCACGCUGCCGGAGCCUGCCGGGAGAGGGAAAGAGAGAGAGAAACAUACUGCGCCUGAAGGAGAGAGAGCGAACACAGAAGAGCGUGUCAGAGCGCAGAAACGCACAGUUCUGGGAGGACAGCGAAGAGGCACCACGUUUCUUUUCUCCCUACCAGUUUUACGCACGCAGAUCGAGCUGCUCGGAGAUCUUGUGUUAUCUUUUGCGCAUGAACGGACUAUUGCUGGGACAGCAUAUUAAGCGGAAAAUCGAUGGGAAAAUAUUUAAUGUUUUUACCUAGAAAACCAUCCUACAAAGAUAUUUACAUAUAAACAUUUGGAAAUAUUUUUUAUCUAAGGAGGAAGACACGUGUUACUUUUUUUUUUAACGUUUUUGUCACACUUUAAACCUGUCUGUAGAUGUCUCUGACCAUUCGUUGUGAUUUCUAGUUGAUUUGAAAUAUAUUAUUUUCUUUAUUCACUGUGCUGAUACGCUCUAUAUUCCCCCCGCGCGUUUGCAGUGUUGCCGACUGUGCGCACCGCAAUGGAUUUUGCGGCUUUACAACUGUGUUUAGAGUUCAAAUUACGCUUCUAGUCAAGUUGCGCUGAUUAAGCCAACUGUCACAAGCACUGACACAACUCGCAUGAACUGUUUAUAUUCACCAGCGUGAUAUUCUUAGAGAGUCCGGUGAACGCAGCCCGGCGUUUGGAUUUUGGGCACAAGCGUACCACACGUUAGAAAAACACAAGUGGAAAAAGACAGGAAAGUGGGACUUGGACUGGAGCUGUGUGUCAGAUAACCCAAAUAAAGCCACAGAGGAGGAGAACACGGUUUUUAUUCCGCCGCAUUCAAGGGGAAAAGAUGGAUUUACUCGUAUGGUUCUGUGGAUGUAUUUUGGCUCUUCUAUUGCCUUCAGCAGUAAACGCAGGAGAAGGAGCAUCUGAGCCAUGCGGUGGCUAUUUAGAUGCAAGCGACGCGGGCUACAUCACCACCCCCGGCUACCCUCUAGAGUAUCCACCUCACCAGAACUGCCGCUGGAUCAUCACAGCCCCUGAGCCUUCGCAACGCAUCGUCCUCAACUUUAAUCCGCACUUUGAAAUAGAGAAACUGGACUGCAGGUAUGACUAUGUAGAGAUCCAUGAUGGGAACUCAGAGUCAGCUGACCUACUUGGGAAGCACUGCAGUAACAUCGCCCCCGCACCGAUCAUAUCGUCAGGUCCUGCACUCCACAUCAAGUUUGUGUCAGACUAUGCCCACCAGGGGGCAGGGUUCUCGCUUCGCUAUGAAAUCUUCAAAACAGGUUCAGACUGUUCCCGUAACUUUACCAGUCCUUCGGGUCUCAUUGAGUCCCCGGGUUUUCCUGACAAAUACCCCCACAACCUGGAGUGCGCCUUCAUCAUCAUUGUCCCACCUAGGAUGGAUGUCACCCUCACCUUCCUCACCUUUGACCUGGAGAAUGAUCCCCUGCCAGGUGGAGAUGGAGACUGCAAGUACGACUGGCUGGAAGUAUGGGACGGGCUCCCAGGAGUGGGCCCUCUGAUUGGUCGAUACUGUGGGACGAGGGUACCGCCUGAGAUCCAGUCAUCCACUGGGAUUCUCUCUCUGUCCUUCCACACUGACAUGGCUGUGGCUAAAGAUGGCUUCUCAGCUCGAUACAACAUGACGCACAAGGAAGUCAGUGAAACCUUCCACUGUAGUAACGCAUUUGGAAUGGAGUCAGGAAAGAUCACAGAUGACCAGAUCACAGCAUCAUCAACUUUCUUUGAUGAACGCUGGAUGCCGCGACAGGCCCGACUCAAUUACAACGACAAUGCAUGGACGCCUGGGGAGGACAGCAACAAAGAGUACAUCCAGGUGGACCUCCAUACUUUGAAGGUGCUUACGGGCAUUGCCACGCAGGGUGCCAUUUCAAAGGAAACUCAGAAGAAUUACUUUGUUACCUCCUUCAAACUAGAGGUCAGCACGAAUGGAGAAGACUGGAUGAUCUACAGACAUGGCAAAAACCAUAAGGUUUUCCACGCCAAUGCUGACGCCACAGAGGUGGUUCUCAAUCGAACCGCAGCCGUCCUGGCCCGCUUUGUACGAAUUAGACCUCAG